CACACGGAAGCCUACGAUGGCCGACUCUGCAACAUACGACAUCAUCGUCGCCGGCGGCGGCACCGCUGGUUGUGUUCUCGCUGGACGUCUUGCGGCCGCGGAUCCGUCGCUCAGCAUCCUCGUGAUAGAAGCCGGACCGACCACGCGCGAGGACCCCUUGCAUACGCAGCCCGCGCGAUACUUGCACCACCUCCGCCCGGAGAGCGAGACGGUGAAGUUCCACGUCGGCCGGGAGAGCGCCGCGCUGGGUGGACGCGCGCCCGUCGUGCCCUGCGGACAAUGUCUCGGCGGAGGCUCGAGUGUGAAUUUCGCGAUGUACACACGCGCGGCGGCUUCCGACUACGACGAUUGGGCUACCGUGUACGGGAACAAGGGGUGGAGCGCAGCUGACCUGCUGCCCCUGCUUCGCAAGUGCGAGACGUACCAGCUGCACCCGGACAAGCCUACCCACGGCUACUCGGGACCUCUGAAGGUGUCCUACGGCGGCUUCAGCAGUGAAGUUGGCGAGGAGUUCCUGAACGUUGCUGCGCAAUACGACAAGACCCGGGGCUUAACUGACGACGUCAACAAUUUGUAUGACUGCAACAAGUAUGGGAAAUGGCAAAAGUGGAUUGACGCGAAGACCGGAACACGCUCGGAUGUUCCACACAAUUACAUAUACCCCCAGAGCGCGAACACCAAUCUCAACAUCCUCACGGGUCACCACGUGAAGCAGGUCAUCCUCAAAGACGGAGUGGCCGUCGGCGUUCAAUACAUUCCCAAUACCCGCUUCCAUCCUGACGCCAAAAUAGAGGUGCUCACUGCGCUUGCUCGCCGGCUGGUCGUACUGUCCGCUGGCGCGUUUGGCUCGCCGGCCAUCCUGGAACGGUCUGGGGUGGGGUCUGGCGAGACCUUGGACAAGGUCGGCGUGAAGCAGGUCGUUGAUUUGCCCGGUGUCGGCGAGAGUUACCAAGACCACCAGCUGAUCCUUCCUCCGUACAUUUCUGCCACCACCGUGAACACACUCGAUGCCAUAACCGAGAACGAUGAAGCGGAGAUCAAAAAGUGGACCAAGCAGUGGAAAGAGAACGGCAGCGGCUUGCUUGCUACCAAUGGAUUGGAGGCUGGUAUCAAAAUUCGCCCAUCAAGGAAGGAUUUGGAUGUCAUCGGCGACGAGUUUCGCAAGAGGUGGCUCGACUACUAUGCCCCGGCUCCCGACAAGCCUGUACUAUGGAUCGCCACGCUGUCCGUCUUAACGGGAGACCGUCCUGCUUCUGCGACCAUCGGAGGGAAGUACUGGAGCGUUGGGUGGUACCUCGAGCAUCCCACGUCAAUCGGAUUCGUCCACAUUACCUCUGCGAAUGACGUCGAGGCGACCUCAGACUUUCAUCCGGGAUUCCUUGAUAGCCCGGAGGAUAUGGCGCUGCAUAAGUGGGGUUAUAAGCGCACCCGCGAGUACGCGCGGCGCUUGCCAUCGUACCGCGGAGAAGUUGAAGGGCGUCAUCCCGCCUUCCAUCCUACAAGCAAAGUGGCGGCUGGAGCGCGUGAUGGCCCGGUCCCCAUAUUAUCGCCUGACCUGGAGUACAGCGCGGAGGACGACCGCGCCCUCGAGGAUUACAUACGGCAGGUUGUUGCAACCACUUGGCACUCGAUAGGGACGUGCGCGAUGAAGAAGCGGGAAGACGGUGGCGUCGUGGAUUCACGCCUGAACGUGUAUGGAGUGGAGAACCUGAAGGUCGCUGACCUAUCGAUUUGUCCCGGAAACGUCGCAGCGAACACGUACUCGACGGCGGUCUUGAUCGGCGAGAAAGCGGCAGUGAUUGUUGCGCAAGAGCUCGGUAUCUCGAUGGAGGAUGCAGGCCCUCUCGCUAUGCGCGCACGCCUCUGAAGCUGCUAGUAGGCUGAGUACAACGAUUGAUCAAUCCAAUGUCUCAUCAUGAUCGGAGCUUGUAUUUGGCUUGUAUCAUGCACACUCAGCGACAUACAGAUCAUUCGGACUUAUAUAACGGACCCUUGUACCAG